AUGACCCUCUUGCUAAAGGCCUGGCCGCACCCGAUACGAGGCCGGGACCUCUUAGAUGCGUCCGCAAUCAGCAGGACAGAAUUUGACACCAUUCCGGCUUGGACGCCGAACCCUGGCAGACCGAGCAUUCCCGAGGCGCAGCAUGCGCCCUACGAAGGCUCGUGGAAGGAGCGCACUGGAUACUGGAUGAGACGUCUGAGUCGGCAGAUUGAAAUCGGGGUAUAUUCAGAGCUGGAAGAAUAUCUCCAGUCCCAACAGCAACAGCCCGAUGUCAACUGCCAUGAUGCGCUCCGGAACCAGUCACUGCCCACAUCCGUACAAUUGGGGUUGGCGCCGUGGGAUACCAUGAAGGAGCUGGAGACGGUACCUGCGAGGAUUGCCUUCCUAAACCAACUUACGGAAGAGGUUUGCUCCAACUCCUCCGGCCGCCUGGGCUCCCCCUCCCGUCCGUACGUCGCGGCGUUCGGCGUGUGGAACGGCAACAUGUGGGGGCUACGUCGCUCCCUGCUGCCCUGGCUGCAGUGGAGCACGCAUCUGGGGGUAUGCAAAUUCUAUAUCGGCUAUCAGGGUCGCGACCAGCAAACCCUGCAGUGGCUCCGAAACAUAUCAUCCGUGUCCAUCAUCCUCAUCUCCCCUCCCUUCGCCCCGGAGGAGGAGGUCCGCAAGUGGCGGCAGCACGCGGAGGUGAACGAGUGGGCUCAGAAGCCGGGGAACUGGCGGCUGAUGGCCAAGCAGGGCUACUGCGGAGAUAUCGCAAUUGGGCGGGCGAAGCGGGAGGGGGUGCAGUGGCUGCUGCACAUUGAUGCCGAUGAGCUGCUGAUGCCGGCCGUCAGCCUGGCUGCCGACCUGGCCACCGUCCCCAUGUGGGCAGCUGCAGUCAAAAUGCACAACCACGAGGCACUGAUCGAAUCCUUCCAAGUACACAAUAAGUACGAGGAGGUGACACUGUUCAAGACCCAUGACGCCACGUUGCCCUCCAAGGCGGGCGACCUUCAGUGGCGGUUCCGGUUGGGGACCUAUCCCGCAUAUUACCAGGUGUACCACAACGGCAAGUCUAUCGUACGUACGGAUCGAGCCCACGUGUAUAUGUGGGGCCCCCACGAGUUCUUGGGGCCCGUGGAUGACACGUGGGUUCACCCCGAGCACAACCCCAAGGGCGAGUUCAAAUCCGUGGAGGGCCGUACGACACUGCUCCAUGUGUCGUACGCCAGCUGGCACGACCUGAUCGGCAAGGCCCGCACCUCCUGUCCCCCCAAGUACCGAGACUACGCAGUGGCUGGCAACCGAACAAAGGUGAAGGAGUGUUUCUGUCUUGACUUUGAUCUGGACGCCUACAUGGCUGCCGUACAGGGGGAGGUGGCUGCCCGGGACUACUGGGUAAUUACCUCGCUGUUCAGUGAGGGGUCUGUGCGCAAGGACGGAGAGAAGUGCAAGGUGUAUCGGGACAUUGAGCGCCUGAAGCAGCUGCUCAUCCGUGACCGGCUGCUGCUGCGGGUGACUGGACCCCAGCAGGCUUGA